AGGAAGUUCUUAUUGGGUCUUUGGAUUCUUUUUAUGUUUAAAUGUUUAAGUGAUCUUUAAAUAUUUAAUAUGAUUUUAAAAAUUACUUUGUUCAGAAGAAGUCCUUUUCUCUGUCUGCAAUUUUCUGAUGUAAAAUAAAAAUGGAAAUAUUGUAAUUACUAUUAGCAAUAAAUAUUUGAUUUAUAGUUCAGUUAUUAACUAAGCUUUGCAUAUAACAGAAUAUCCUGUAAUGUUAUUUGAUAUAGAGAUAAUUUAAGCAUAAAACAGGAUUUUUAUCUCAUGUAGGAUAUUUGGUUGCAGAAAUACUAAAGAUAGUCCUGAAGUGCAUGCUAUAGGAAGAGCAUUUUGAAAUUUUGGGGUGUUCUUUUUCUUAUGGUGCACUUCUUUCAUGUACUUCAAAACAAUAAAAAAAAAUGGGUGAUCCUCAGGGCUGUUUUUAUGGUCCCUGCUCUUUUAUAGGCUCAUUUUAUUGUGGUCAUAAUACAGAACAAGAAAGAACUCCUUGGGUAGCCAUAGAAAUCAUUUUUAACUAACAUAGUUUUUCCUGCACUCCUUCAAAGGUUCUGUGUGCCUAAAUCAGUGUGGGAUUUGUAUUUUAGACUUUUGAAGACAUGAUCUUUAGAUCUGAAUGUUAAUAGCUACUAACCAUUAAUAUAAAAACCCAUAUGCAUAGUUUUUGCCAUUUUCAGCUAUGGAGCUAGACAGGUGAGAUUUCAGAGGCCUAGUUUUGCCACUCACAUAACAUUAAAAAAACCUAUAGCAAACCAUAUUUUGUGGCUUCUGGUCCAGUGUCUCAUAGUAAUAGUAUAGCCUGGAAAAAUAAAAUGCAUUGUUCUGAGUUAUAAGUAGUAAUGCAGGCCUUCUUAUAAGCUGUAUUGGACCAAAGGAAUUUAUUUAGGGUCCAAAACAUAUUCCCAAAUGCUUAUAUAAUUGAGGCUAAAAAAAAUUACUUUUUUCUUGGUUAUCUGAAUACAUUUGUUUCCAUUAUCAACUAUUGCUAGUGGAUUUUUUUUCCCGCCAAAAUUACCCGUUAAUGGGCCCUUUUCUUCACAUCAGUUUGCUAUUGUUUGCUUUUAUCAUGUAGACAAAAAUCAGACUUUUUUUUCCAGGGAAAGAACAAUAGAAGUUAGGAAGACAACACAUGAUUUAUAAUUUUUUGAGAAUUCCGUAAAUAUUUUAAAUUGUUCUAAAAAUAACUGCUGACAAAUGUUAUAAAUGUUGAAAAAUGUGCUUUUUGUUAUGAUGAUUGUUUUUAAUAAGUAUUCAAUAUUUAUGAAUCUCUGGUUUUUCUCUAAAUAUUGACUUUUUUAGUCAUUACCAGGAAUACUGUAUGUUUAAAAGUUGCCAAAUAAUAAACUAUAAAAAUAGUUGGAAGUUAUUCCUGGGAUUUAUUCAAACUAUAGAUUGGCCAUUUAUAUCUUUAAAAGUCUGUGCUCCAUUUUUUAAAUCUCUGAAACUGAUGGAUCUUCCAUCUGCAAGUAACAUCUGCUGCUGAUGGACCUCUUUUGCAGUCUUAAGUAUAUUUUAUUGUUAGUAACACCACCACAGUCUUUAAUGCUAAAGGUAGUUCAUUGUGUCUGAAAAAGGGCAAAGCCAAUCUUAACUUUUGCUAAAAUUGCAGAAUUUUGUAUAUUGAUUUAAUAAAUAUAUAUCUAGUACCUUCUACAUUCCAGGCACAAUACUAGAUUAAGAACACAAAGAUCACCCAGACAGCAACCAUUCUCAAGGAGUUCAUGCUUUGAAGUAUAUUUUUUCCCCUAUAUAACCAGAUAGUAAAAUGUUAUUUAUAGUUAUUAGGUGCAAAAGUCAGGGCGGGUCACGGGACACAGUGACAUGUGCACUAUAAGUGACUCUUUAUAAAGAAGAAAUGAAAACUAAAGGUUUAGCAGAUUUUUUUUGGAAGAACAGUCAUUUCAGAAAAUUACACUUAUAAAUACCUUAAAAAUGUAUUAAAGGACUGACAAGGAGAAAUAGUAUGGGCAACAAAAUGACCAGGGUAUUUUAUUCUUUCUUUAACAUCCCUAUGUAUAUAUUGGUUAAAUUGAAUUAAGAUUGCCAUAGUUUUGAAGCUGAUAUCUCUGAAAGUUGCAGUAAGUCUCUCAGGCCAUUUAGAUGCUAAGUAAACACUGAGAGAUUCUGUCUCAUUAACGUAUUUUAACAUAAACUUAUUCCAAAUUCUUACUUUUUCCCCAUAAACCUUGCACUUAUUGAGGAGAUUCUGCAAUCUUCUCUUGGCUCCCCUACAGUCUUUUAUUUAUUUUAAAAAGAAAGUUUAUUGUGUAUAUUUGAGGUUUAUAACACGAUGUUACAGGAUACAUAUAAAUAGUAAAAUGUUACUAUAAUCAAACAGAUUAACAUCUGUCAUCUCACAUAGUUACUUUUUUGUGACAAGAGCAGCUAAAAUCUAUAUAACAAAAAUCUCUAACACAAUUUUAUUAACAUUCGUCCUCAUGUUUUUACAGUACAUUAUAUCUCUAAACUUGUUCAUCCUCCGUAUCUGCUAUUUUGUGUCCUUUGACCUACAUCUCCCCAUUUACUCUCCCCCAAUCCUUGCCCAUGGUAACCACAGUUUUAUUCUCUAUUUCUAUGGUUUUCAGCUUUUUAAAAAAAUAUUCCCCAUAUAAUGGAGAUCAUACAAUAUUUUUAUUUCUAUGCUUGGCUUAUUUAACUUAAUAUCCUCCAAGUUCAUCCAUGUUGUAGCAAAUGGCAAGAUCUCCUUUUUUAAGGCAGAAUGGUUGUCUGCUGUGUGUGUGUAUACACACAUACUUUAUUUUCUUUAUCUCUUUUACCGUUGGUGGACAUAUCUUGGCGAUUGUGAAUAAUGCUGCAUUCUUAUAGUUUCUUCAAUAUCUUGGCUAUUGUGAAUAAUGCUGCAAUGAACAGUAAUGAAGCAGGGCCAGACUUUCAGAUAAAGGUGGAAGUAUAUAGUUGCUGUACAGAAGAAUCUUCUAUAACCAACACACCAAAAAAGCUAGCUAAGAAACUCAAGACAUCUAUAAGUAAAGCUACAGGAAAGAAAAUAAGUUCAGUGCUUCAAGAAGAGGAUCAUGAAACGUGCUUGCUCCUCAGCCCGGCUGUUUUUGGUGUAAAGUAUAAUUUGCUGGCUCACACUACCCUAACCUUGGAAAGUGCUGAGGAUAGUUUCAAGACCCAUAAUCUGUCUAUUAAUGGAAAUGAGGAGUCUUCAUUUUGGCUUCCCCUAUAUGGCAACAUGUGCUGCCGACUAGUUGCCCAGCCAGCUUGUAUGGCUGAGGAUGCAUUUGCAGGAUUUCUUAAUCAGCAGCAAAUGGUAGAAGGUCUGAUUAGUUGGAGAAGGCUGUAUUGUGUUUUGCGAGGAGGUAAACUCUAUUGUUUUUACAGUCCAGAGGAAAUUGAAGCUAAAGUGGAACCAGCUUUGGUAGUACCCAUUAACAAGGAAACCAGGAUCCGGGCAAUGGAUAAGGAUGCCAAGAAAAGAACCCAUAAUUUCUCUGUCAUCAAUCCUGUUCCUGGACAAGCUGUAACUCAGAUUUUUGCAGUUGACAACAGAGAAGAUCUUCAGCAGUGGAUGGAAGCCUUCUGGCAGCAUUUCUUUGAUCUUAGCCAAUGGAAGCAUUGUUGUGAAGAACUUAUGAAAAUUGAGAUUAUGUCACCACGGAAACCACCUUUGUUCUUGACAAAAGAGGCAACCUCAGUCUACCAUGAUAUAAGCAUUGAUUCACCUAUGAAACUUGAAAGUUUAACGGAUAUAAUACAAAAAAAAAUUGAAGAGACAAAUGGGCAGUUCCUUAUUGGUCAGCAUGAAGAAUCCUUACCACCUCCUUGGGCUACACUCUUUGAUGGGAACCAUCAAAUGAUCAUCCAGAAAAAGGUACUGUCUCCUGCAAGUGAGCCAUUACAUGAUGAAAAAGGGAAAAAGAGACGAGCCCCGCUUCCUCCUCCUGAUAAACUUCCAUUCAGCUUAAAAUCACAGAGUAACACAGAUCAAUUGGUUAAGGACAACUGGGGAAAAACAAGUAUAUCUCAGACAUCGUCUUUGGAUACCAAACUAUCAACCCUAAUGCAUCACUUACAGAAACCAAUGGCUGCUCCUCGAAAACUUCUCCCUGCCAGGAAAAAUAGAUUAAGUGAUGGUGAGCACACAGACACUAAAACCAAUUUUGAAGCCAAGCCAGUGCCAGCUCCAAGGCAGAAAUCCAUCAAAGACAUUCUGGACCCUAGAUCAUGGCUGCAGGCACAAGUUUAGAAAACUCUUAAUGAUAAAACAUUUAAUAAAAUCUAUAACUGUGAAACUUAAUUCAGAGGCAUUAUAGAAUAAUGUAAUUAUAUAGGUAAAUAUGAUAGUGAUUUAUACCAAUAAUUAAUAAGCUAUUAGGUAUAGAAAAACAUUUUAUAAUGAAGAAAUGGAUUUAUCUUUUUACUCCUGAUUUUCAGAAUGUGAGUGAUUUUUCCAGCAGUGUGCAAGAGGCAGUUUCUAGACAAUAUCCUAAUUGUUGGAAGGGUUAAUUUAUUCCUAAAUUAGUACCAGGCAGUGAAUAAGCCCUAGGCGGAAUAAAGCAUUAAAAUUUCUUUUGGGGAGAGACGGUCUAGUAAUUUAAAAUGUGUUAAAUAUGAGCCAUAUUCUCAUUGUGAGAAUUUUAAUACUAAUGGAAUGUUUCAAAGGUUUUAUUCAAACCACAAAUUAUAGAAUCCACCCAAGAAAAUUUUCUUCUUAGCGUUCUGGAAUUCUCAUCUAAUGGUUCACUGGCUCUCAUCUAUUGUUUAACUCACUAGUUUAUAGGCCUGAGCUUUUAAAUUCCUGGGAUAAAUUUUGGAAUAUUAAAUUCUUCAUCUUUAAAGGGAAUUUGUAAUGUGCUAUUCAAACUUGUUUCCUUGAUGAGCCCUGAAAUACUGUUGACAUUAACUUUCAUAAAUGAAGCAUAACACUUAUUAGAGAAAUGGUAGAUGAAAUGCUCUUUACAUUCAAUUUUCUGCAUGUGGUGCUGAUUUCCAUUGUGACUUUGGAAUUUAGGGAAGUGAGUAGCUGAUCAACACCUUAAAAUUCAUUUAAUACUUACUUAAGAUGGGAGAUUCAAAAAUAUCAGAAAAGUUGGCCAUGGUAAAUAAUUUUCAGAAUUCUUUUUUAAAAUUUUAAUUAGAUUUCCUUUUCCUAGUAAGAGUUGAUGUCUGCUAGCAGUAUUUUUCAUUAAAAGUCAUAUUCUUACAACAAUGGCAUUGGAAUCAUUUCCAUAGGAGGUAAUUUCCAUAGCAACUAAUCAUAGUGACCCAAACAGGAUUAUAAAGUCAAGUGAGGAAUAAAUAGCAGAAAAAUACCUUAAAGGAACAAAAAAAUCCAUUUUUUAUAAUAAUGCUUUUUGUAAACAAGAGCAGAACAGUUUUAAAAAUCUAAUCAGAAUUUCCAAAUAAAACAGUUUCCAUAAGGUGUCAGCAAUAGCACUAAAAAUCUCAAAUCACACUGAACCCUAAAUGUCAUUGCAAGAAAUAAAAAAUUAAAAAUUAAAUUGCUGCCCCGUGUAUAAUCUCGAGAUCUUUUUAAAGCUAGGAAGAACUCUAUUUGGAUCAGAACUACAUGAUUACAAAAUAAAAUGAACACUUGACCAAAAAACCGCAUUAAUUUAAACGGAGCCUUUCAUUAUUUUCAGAUAGCAGGGUCUUUUUCAUUAUAGAGAAUGAUGUAACUGCCAGGACACUUUUGUUUGCCCAGGACUCCUAGUAAGUAUUGAAUCGUGAGGGGAGUGAUGAUAACAAAAGGUUUUUUGUGACUAGUAACACCAGGACAGACACAGGUUUGGGUGAGAAGAAAAUACUAUAUGCCUGCUUGAUGGCAUGUAGAGAUGAUCACAUGUGUGGAAACCUUAAAAAGUGGAUUUAUUUUUCUAACUAGAAGGCUCUCGUAAGUUUCUGUUAUGAUUGCCAUUUAAUAAAUGACAUUCAAAAUCUAAAGGAUAAUGUUUGAAUUUUUUGGUUAUUUUUUAAAACCUCAUUGUUGUUUUUGACAGCAUUUGUGAUUGUCAUUGCCACUAAAUUAUUGAGCUAGAAGAUGCUGCAGGCAAAAUUGUUUCUGAAGCUGGCAUCUAAGCAUUUUUUUUUUUUCCUAGUUGAUGCCUGCCUUUAUUACAAAUCAGUAUUAAAACUUCCAGAUUAUAUUCUUGUCGUUGUUCAUCAUGCAAAUAAUAGCAGGAAGGAUUUAAGUUGUAUAAGAAAAAGAAAAUAUUCAUAUAGAAAUUACCUGGCAGUUAUGCCCUCGGAGCAGAACUUUGAAACAGGUCUGAAGCCCUUUUUACCUAGAACUAUAAAAGCCUGAGCGAGGAUCACCACCUCCUCCCCACCAAAUUAUUCAGUCUCUUUCUUAUGGGCUUGGUGUCUUCAGCUCCUGAAAUGCUAAUUUACCUCUUCCCAAAAGAGUGUAGUUAUAAUACAAAGUUGGUUAUUUUCUUUCUUUCCUUUCUUUUUGUCUUUGUUUCUUUCUCUGGCACCCUCUCCUCUCUCUCUGUCUCAUCCCCCAUUCCCACUUGCCCUCUGUCUCUCCUCCUUCCCUUCCUUUACAGUUUAAAAAAAAAAAAAAUCUAAAAAUAGUUAAGCACUGGGUUAAAGAGUGUUUCAAAAGAAGUGUUUGUUUUCUCAUUUCUUAAACCAGAAUUUUAUGACAAAGAAAUAUGUCAUGUAAUAUGAAAGCUGCUUCAGCUUUUUAUGAGCUUUCACAUUCCUUGUUUGUCCUUUUAAUUUGUUUCUUGAUAUAUGAAGACUAUAAACUUGAAGCAAAGAGUUAGCUGUCAGCUCUUGAUAAUAUAAUUGGGGAAAUAGAAUAGAUAUUUUAUGAUAUGAUAAUUCUGAUGAUCUAAAGAUAAUGUCUUAGACAAUUACAUUUACAUUUCAAGCUCUGGGAUAUAAAUUACGUAUUCAGCAUUAAGAUAGUAUUGUUUUUAAUUGCUAAUAAGUGGUAACUUUUGUAUUUUAAUAUCUUGCAAGGGCAAAAAAGACAUUUUUAAAAUUCUAAAUGCACACCUCCUAAGGUAAAUAGUCUUUCAAAAAUAUCAGGCAUGCCAACUCUUGCUGAGUUUUGUUAAAUCCUCCUUAGCUGUCUGCAGUGCCCCCUGACUUCUUUUAAAUGGAUGUGAAUAUAUGUGGAAAACUAAAUCCAUUUAUUAUAAAUGCCUUAUCUUUACCCUUUGGGAUCCUACUAAAUGCAUUUUACUUGGUACUAUUUAUUAAAAAUGGAAGCUGUCUUGAAUUAGAGACAUAGAGACACCUCACGUAAGGUAGGUUAAGCAGUCAAGUAUUUCUUUAGGCUUAUGUUGUUCAGCACCUCAGCCACCUACUGAGAAGUUAAUUAAUUCAGUCCAAAAUGAAAUUAUAGGGCAGUUUGGUGCAAUUUAUGUUAAAUGCCAUUUGAAUGUAAUCACCUGUGUUACCAGGACUGAGGUACAACUGUACUACAUGGACAGAAUGCUGCAUUGCACCAUGAGCAAGACCUGCUCUGCAAGAUAAAAUAUUGGUCCCUGUGGUCUGAAUUUAUCAAAACUCAUUUUCUUGUUAAAGAGUGAAUUAUCAAAUAGUAAUUAAACUUUAACUGAUGACCAUUUAUAUUCUAGUAGCUAUCUUCACUGUUAAUCUUAAAUUAUAACGUAGAUAAAGUUGACAUUUUCCCCUUACAUUUCAAAGGCAUUACUAUUUUUAAAUGUUUACAUAUGUUUACAUGUUUGUGUGUAACUGCUUCAUUGCUAUUAAUAGUUAAAUGAAAUCUGCUUAUUCUGGAUCAUAGAUGUUCUUAGUUAACUCUGGGAAAGAUGUUACCGUUGGGUUUUUAAAAGACAAGUCUUCGUUCGAAAAUAUAUUAUGGUGUGUUAUUUUCCGACAUGCUUGUGUAAUUGGCUUUGUUUAUAAUUUUUAUUUUUUAAUUAAAUAUGGUUCAAACUUCUGGAUUAAAAAGUAUUAUAUCAUGAACAUACAUUUUUUAAAGUACCAAAGGCAUUUGGUAAGCAAGCCCAAGUCAUGUAAUUGAAACUUCUAUACAUUAAAAGAACUGAUUUGUGAAGACA